AUGUCUAAGAGGCAACUCGACCAAUUCUCUAAUUUGAGCCAUUUGCUUUCUGCAUCCACCAAUAUCGUCGUAACCGACCUCAUUGAGGUUGUUUUCUUCGUCCUCUCUGUUGAUAGGUUCUCCCUCAGAAUGUAUUAUGGUGUCUUGCGAAACGAUGGCGUGUUCUUCAGGCUCGACUUCAACGACCUUGAACUCGACCUGUCUCAUACCACCUCUAACAACAAAGUGAUCUCCCUUACGAACGGGUCUGUAGGCGUCAACAAAAUAUGGUUUCAAAAACACAUCAAAGAGCGAUCCGGUGAUUCCCUCGAUGGUAUCGGCAAUUGGCAAAACAGAGAUUCUGGUGGCAAACUUGAUCUCAGGACAAGGAUGGAUGGUGACAAUGUCUCCAAGUCUGACUCUCAAAUUGUUUCUUGCCACUCUGUUGAUUUUACAAACACCAUCUUCGAUGUCGUCAUCGGCCAGGACGAUCAAAACGGUGUCCUUUCUCUUCUUACCUUUGAUCAACGCAGCGUCUCCACGGAACAAUUGCAACAACUCCAUGGUGUUGGAAGACAUGGAGAUGAUCGAGUUGUCAUCAUUGGUAGCAUCGUCGACGAUCAAGGCAUUAUCCUUCUUCUUUCUUCUCAAAAUAGCGGUAGCGGCAAUUCUCGCAGACAGUUGCUUGGCAAACUCGCCCAGCUCUGCCAUAUCUGCGUCUUUGGCAGGCCAGCCGAUGACGAGACCGGUUUCUGGAUCGCGUUUUGGAAUCAAGUGGAAAUGGACGUGGUCCACCACCUGGUGGGCGAUCCGACCGUUAUUUUGCAAAACGUUGUAGCCGACUCCUUCUGGAGAGUCGAUCUCCAAGUCCAAUGCCUUGACCAGUUUCUUGGUCACUGGCAGGAUAUCUGCGAGGUACUCGUCAGGAACGUUGUGAAGCUUAGCCCCGUGGUACUUAGGGAUCACCAAAAGAUGUCCUUUAGAAAUUGGUUGGAUGUCCAAGAAAGAGUACGAAUAUUUGGUCUCCACCAAUUUGAAAGAAGGAAUAUCUCCUGCGGUACAUUAGUCUUACCCAACCAAUUGAGUCAAUACAUACCUUUGAUGAUUUUGCAAAAGAUACAAGAAGCCUCGUGA